AGGCGGAGGCGGCAGUAGCAGCGGCUGAUGACGGUGAUGGUCAGCCGCGAAACAGUGGUGACUGCUGACUGGUGUACGAUCAAACGCAAUCUCGGUGUCGCGUACGGUGCCGUGCCGGUCGGUCGGUCGGUCUUGGGGGCGCAGCUUCGAUAAUAAUGCGCGUUAGGCACGUUACGCGACGACGAGGACGACGGUACGACGUGAGGGACCCGAGCAGCCAGCCGCGAGUGCAGCUGCAGCUACGCAAUUAUGUACGCGUACGGUUUCGAGAUCACGUAGUGGCUGCCGUGUAAUUAUGUUGUCAUCGACGCGCGGCGCGCCCUGUGUAGCUUCACGGUGAAAAUCUGGCGUGAGCGGUGCCGCGGUGGAACGGGGAACAUGGCGUCGGUCUCGGCUGAGACUCCAGCCAGCCAUGGGCACAGCUUCAGCAAGAAGACGUUUCACAAGCCGACGCACUGCCAUAGCUGCACCGACAAGCUGUGGAGCCUCAGGCAGGGGUACAUCUGCGAAGUUUGCAACUUCGUGGUGCACGACCGCUGUCUCAAGGCCGUCGUCUCUCCCUGCUCCAGCAUCACGGCAAGCCUCAUUAAGAACCCGGUUGCACACUGUUGGUCCGAACAGGCAUAUUGUAAAAGAAAAUUCUGCAACGUCUGUCGUAAACGGUUCGAUGAUAAUAUAUCCAUACACUGCGAAAUAUGCGAGUACUUCGUGCACACGGAGUGCCAGGAUUUCGCCGUGGCAGACUGCAAGGAGAACGCGACGUAUUUACCUGGGAAGGACUUGGCGCAGGUAAAACACACUCAUCACUGGCGAGAAGGCAAUCUUCCCAACAGUUCGAAAUGCGCUGUCUGCAAGAAAAAUUGUUUCUCUGCCGAGUGCCUUUCCGGGUUCCGUUGCGAGUGGUGCGGCAUGACGUUGCACUCUUACUGUUACAAAAAUAUCCCACAAGAAUGCACCUUUGGGAACUUGGAACCAAUCUACUUACCACCGCACGCAGUCAGCAUUCCACGUACGGAAGUUCCAAUGGAGGCCAUCAUCGGUGUACAAGUACGUCGAAAAGAAGUCCUGGCGCGUGAGUAUUCCUGCCAGAUGAUCAAGGUGUACGACGGCAACAAUUCCCUAAGAAGGCGGAUAUUUCGCGUGAUUACGGUGCCACGGCAAGCCACCACCGAACAGGUCCUGACGUCUGCUCUUCGUGCAUUUCACAUUACGAAAGAUCCUAGCAACUUUUACCUCACCGACCUGUAUGCUACGGAAGAGACCGAAUUAUGCGAUCCAACUCCGAUUCUAAACUUGAAUCGCAAAGAGGGCAAACGUCCGGCUGUCUUCUUACGAUUCAAAGAUACCGAAAGCGGAGAAGUGCGGGUCUAUCCAGGCAAACUACAGGUGUCAGAGUCAUUCUGUAUAGUACCUGUCACCGAAGCAACAACGGUUGCGGACUUAAUCGAGGAGGCGCUUCAGAAGUUUGGCCUGCAGAACUUCAAAUCAGAAGAUUACAGAUGCAGCGAGAUUCUUCUGGAUCGCGGUGUCUCGGAAAGAGUUUUGGCUCGUGAUGAAAAACCGUGGGAAAUCGUGAAACAGUUGGGCAAAGAUUCGAUCAGGCAAAUGGAGUUGAUGCGAUUCUACCUGCAGCUGAAGCAAGAUCCCCAUGGACCUAAUUUAGCUUUAUUCGUGGGUAACCUACCACCAAAUCUCUCCGAGAGGAGUUACGAAAACAUGUUGACCGAGUUCUUAGGCAAAGAAAAUAAAUUCUCGUUCAUUGGUCCAAUCUAUUACGAAUACGGCUCGAUGGUAAUAAUUUACGAGGACUCGAAUAAGGCAGUUAGGGCGUUGUACACGUUGCGAGAAUCAAAAUACGAGGACAAACAUCUUUUAGUUAUGCUAUUGCCGAGUAUCGAGCCAAGCAUGGUGCCCCAAGGUGUGCAACCUUUGCUGGUGUUUGUGAACGUGAAAUCUGGCGGUUGCCAGGGGCUUCAGUUGAUCUCCAGUUUUCGAAAACUUUUGAAUCCGUAUCAAGUGUUCGAUCUCGACAAUGGAGGUCCGCUUCCUGGACUGUACGUUUUCCGCCACAUAAAGAAUUACAAGAUCUUAGUUUGCGGCGGAGACGGGACAAUAGGAUGGGUGUUGCAAUGUUUGGACAACGUAGGACAGGAUAGCGAGUGUUCGUCACCUGCUUGCGCCAUUGUUCCCCUAGGAACAGGAAACGAUCUUGCACGUGUCCUGUGCUGGGGUUCCGGCUACACCGGUGACGAGGAUCCUUUGAAUUUACUCCAAGAUGUGAUAGACGCAGAGGAAUCUUUGUUGGACAGAUGGACAGUGGUAUUUCAUCCAGAGGAAAAAGAGGAUAAACAGUCAGCCACCAAUACAGCAGGAGCAGGCGGGACAAGCGAAGACAAUACGCAAAUAUUCGUAAUGAACAACUACUUUGGAAUUGGUCUCGACGCGGAUCUGUGUUUGGACUUCCACAACGCCAGGGAAGAGAAUCCGAACAAAUUCAAAAGCAGAUUGCACAACAAAGGUGUGUAUGUCUCGUUGGGUUUGCGAAGAAUAGUGAAACGACGACCCUGCAAGGAUUUGCAUAAAGAAAUUCGACUGGAAGUGGAUGGAAGACUCGUUGAGUUACCCGCAGUCGAAGGAAUUAUUAUUCUAAACAUUUUAAGUUGGGGUUCUGGGGCAAAUCCCUGGGGACCAGACACCAAGGAAGAUCAAUUUUAUACACCAAACCACGGGGAUGGAAUGGUAGAGGUAGUUGGUGUCACAGGUGUGGUCCAUCUAGGGCAAAUUCAAUCUGGUCUUCGCACAGCAAUGAGGAUAGCGCAGGGAGGGCACAUAAAAAUUCACUUGAACUCUGAUACACCUGUACAAGUAGACGGGGAACCCUGGGUGCAGAGUCCUGGGGAUAUCGUCGUACUAAAAUCGGCGCUGACGGCUACCAUGUUGAAGAAAAAUAAGAUCAAGCGUCGGAAUACCGAACCGUCGAUUCCACCCGCUAAUGGGGAGGGGGGCAAGAACACGGACGAGUGUAGCAACAAAAGCUAGGGCGCAAUAUUUCGUUGCGUCAAUGAUGAUAAAUAAUGAUAAUCGAUCGAUUUAGCCUGAAAAAAAAAAAGAAAAAGAAAAGAGAAAGUAUUCGAAUCGCUGCUCCGCCUAGGCUUCUCUGGUAUUGUACGUUUUCUUCUUUUCCCUGCAGCGACAAUACAAGAGAACUUUGGGUGCGAUCUUUAACCAGAGAAAAAGAUAAUAGAAAGAACGAUACACGUUACUCUACACACGUUAUAAUGUAAACUUCCUGUGUAGUAAAUGUCCAUUCGAUGUUUCCACCGCAUGUAGCUCUCUGUGCCAAUACUGUCGAUGUAUAUUUGUAUGAUUGGUGAAUAUUUGGACAGGUUUGAAAUUUUUCG